CCGUGCUGUGGCUGAGAAGGACUGCCUGUGCCGCCGUUCCUUCCGUGUGAGUCGCAGGGCUGAGUUGUGUCUUUGGUGGGUCGGCGCUUCCGUUUCCAGUGCAGGCGGUGUCGGGCGGCAGUAUGCACGGCUAGCCAACCCAACCUGGUCAAACAUUCUAGCACUCUACGUAGGGACAAAGGCGUCUCCUGCCCACGCGGGCCUUCACCACAUACUCACCAUCCACUAAUCCUCACUCACUAUCCAUGGCUCACCCAGGCUCUCGAUCCGCCUUCCCACCCACCACCUUCACUCCCGCCACCACCUCUGCUCCCUCACCCGCCCUCUCCCACUCGCACACGCCCACGCCAGGAUCCGCCGGAUCGAGUAACAACACCUUCCUCAUGUCUGCAAGCCCCGUGAGAAGCCGGAGGUCAGCCGUAGACGGCUACAAACCAAAGAUGAUCUCAACCAUUGGUGCCAAGCCCGCCUGCCUCGUCAAUGCCUCAGUCACCUACGUUGGUGACGACCAAAUAUAUGCCUUUGGAGGCUUCGAUCAAUACACAGACGAAGUAUACAACCACGUCCUACGCCUCAAUCUCGUUACCCGGCAAUGGAAUCUGGUCGACAACUAUGGCGAUAUCCCAGGCGUUCGGAUGGGACACACCGCAUGUCUUUGGCAGGGCAAUAAGCUUCUCGUGUUUGGCGGUGAGAACGAGCAUCGCCAACAUCUUGCCGACGUCAUUGUCUUCGAUCUCAAAACCGCUCAUUGGACACAACCGGAAUUGAACGGCCCCAUACCGCGCGGUCGCGCUCGACACUCUGCAGUAAUCUACGAUGAUAAGCUGUAUAUCAGCGGCGGCCAGACUGGGCACGACAGUGUCUUGGAUGAUAUCUGCUACCUGGACUUGAAGACAUGGACUUGGUCGCGAACAUGGAGGUUCGUCCCUCGAUACGACCAUGCCAGCUGGAUCUGGAAUGGCCGCAUUUGGAUUUUUGGCGGAAUCAAUGACGAGAUGGAGAAGAACAAUGAGAUUUGGUGGCUCGAUCUGAGAGGGAGCCCCGAAUUCGAGCACGCAAUGAAGUAUGGGACUGGUGAUCGACAGCUCACCUCAUCUCGCCAUCGCUAUCCCGUGCCGGCUUCAGGCCAACUCGCCACUGGUAGUACAGGUUAUGCCGCCAACUCAAGCGUUCAGUCUUAUCAUGGAAUGAGCUCCAGUCGCUCACCAUACGUUGCUCCAGGAUCCAUAUCUUCGCUCAAAUUCCAUUCCAGCCCGAACUUGCCCUCACAAGCGGCGGGCACACAUUUCCACCUUUUUUCAUCUGGCUGCAUGCUGGACUUCGUCACACCUGCUGAGCUGAGCUGUGAGACCAGCCUUUCUAGCCUCGAGCUUGACUCUUUGCGAUGGCAGAAGCUAGCCGAAGGAAAAGAUUUAUACAGCCCAAAUUACCGCUGGCACUAUUGCACAAUGAAUCCUGAAGGUACACACGCCUGGCUGCUAGGUAGCCCAAUUGAGUCGGCGAAUGAUGGAAAUCACAACGGCGAAUAUCUCAGCGACGUACUUGCCAUAGACCUUCGCAAAUAUGGCAUCCUGGGUAAUGAGCUGGCCUCCGACACACGCUCCAAGAUGAUGCCUUCUUCCGACGCCAACGUCUCGUCUCACCUCAGUGGGAUUGGUGCAGACCUGUCCUUGACUUUCGAUCAGCCACCUGAGAGCGGCAGCGGUGCAGAUUUUAUAAUCACUGCGGAUCCCGAUGAUGAUGACUACAGCGAUAUCGCCGUAGCUGAUUCCAACGGUUCAUCGACUGCUGUCGCACCUACUUCACGCCCAAUACACGUUCAUAAGCUCAUUUUACACGCUCGCUGGCCACAUUUUGCGCGUUUGUGGAAUGCACAGAUGGCCGAGUUCCAUUCGAAAAAGAUGCAUAUCCCCGAACCCUAUUCUGCAGUCCGCGCCUUCUUGUUCUAUCUCUACACCGACAGCAUUGCACCCAACCCACAAAACGGCCCGACGCUUAACGAUGUUGCCGGCAUGCUCGUCAUGUCCAACAUUUACGACAUGCCUCGCCUCCGCCUACUCUGUGUCAAUCGCCUAGGCCGAGAGCUAGACAUUGAACACGCAGCCAUAAUAUGGGAGCGUGCCGCCACAGCCGGCGAAGAAUGGCUCAAGCAACGCGCAGCCACUUUUUGUAUGCAAAACUUUGGCCGUGUCGUCCGCACCGCCGGUUACCGCAAUCUCAGCCCUGCAAGCCUUAUCGAGUUAAGCUGCGAAGCCACUCCUGAAGCUCGCAUUGUCGGUGGUGACGACUUGGAUCUCCUAUCCCAGAUCACGGGCCGUUCGUAUAAUGGGAGCAAUCGGAAACGCAGUCUAGGUAGCACGGGCGUGCUGACAGGUGGUGAAGAGGAUGAUAUUGAGGAGGCAGAAGAUGAUGGUAUGGACGUCAAUUGAAGGAAUUUGUGAAAGCAAGGGCUGGAUCAUGGCAAACACUUUUUCUCACCCUCCGUCCUCUGUUUUUCCCCAUUCAUUAGCAUCAUGGCGCGGCGCUGGGUUUCUGUUUCUUUGGCUGGGAAAACGAGGGAAAGUUAAUGGAUUUGGGCGUUCUUUUCUUUGGUUGGGAUAUAUGCAUUGCGAGGGCUGGAUGUGGCAGGCGUUUCUUUCUUGGAUGACUUUUGAACCCUUUUUUUUUCGUCCUGUAGUCGAGCUUUUCUCUCUGUUCUAAUUAUUACAUGAUUAAACACAUAUGGGUUAGGUAGUUCUAGAUAUGAGGAUUUCGAUUAUCCUAUUUGUCUUAGCAC